UCAACCAGGCCACCACCCCACAUUACCGCCUCUUUGCGUCAGCUGUCCAAAAGCAGCUACUACAAGCCACUAGUAAUCGCGGAUUCUGGGCAACAUUAGUCACCGAAACGAAAGGAGGAGCAUCAGUCGAACGGGUGACACAGGAUCGAAGGUCAUUUCAGUGGCGAAAAAAAGACGGCGAAGUAAAAGUCGCGUGUUUCGGUUGCCAACAAUCAUCGGAACUCGUGUAGUGUGUGCGGUGUGAGUUUAGUAGGUAGGUGCGCAUUUCGAGAAUCCCGGCUGCGACUGCCGAGGGAAGCAGAAAUGCUGAACGCAAUCCAGCGAUUUCUUGGUGUCGAUGCCCCACCGAACAAGGUUCAAGAGGUCAAGAAUGAGUCGUACACCAAUCUACAAGUGCUGCAGCGCAACGAGGCGAUGCGACUGUUUGCACCAAACCCAAAUGCCCCGGACAAGAAGUUGGUGUACGAUAUCGUACUCGAGCGACCACACGUGGAAUCGAUCAACACUUCGUACAGUCUGUACCGUGCAACGACACUAGCGGAAGCGGAGGAAAAGUUUGAAGCCUUCCAUCAGCGACUACCCGAAUUAGUGAAGAUCGUCCGUGAGAUGUACAACAUGAAUGGCCUGCAGAAACUGUGCGAUAUCCUGAUUGAGUAUCCGAGCUGGUCGCUGGCGCACAUCAUUGCUCACUUUAAUCUCACCGAUUACAUUUCGAAUCCGAGCAUUGUCGAUUUCCUCGAUUAUGCCGAGUACGUGGAGAUGAUGACACCGCUACAUGUAGCAGUAAAAGCAAACAAUCUCGAAUUUGUGAAGGCACUGGUGGGCGUGUGUAAUCUGGAGCACCUGGACAAGAACAGCAAUUCUGUGUUUCACUACGCAGCCAGCACCACCAAGGAGAUGAUCAGUUUGUUAACAGCUAAAAGUACCUUAAACCUAAACCAUCUCAACACGGACGGAUACACGCCGCUCCAUCUAGCCUGUUUGUCCGACAAGCCGGACUGCGUGAAGGCCCUGCUGUUGGCCGGUGCCGAUACGAACAAGAAGGCUCGCGGUGCCGGCAAUUCGUACAACAAAUCCAUUCCAUCGAAACCAUCUUUCAUAGGUAAUGUGGCCGACUUUCUGGUAAGCAACCCGAACAAACUAUUCACGCAGGACAUGAAGCACGGCGGUACCCCGUUGCAUUGGAGCUCGAGCCGUGAGGUGCUGAAUUCGCUGAUCGAACGCGGCUGUGACGUGAAUCUGGUGAACUUCAACGGCCAAACGCCGCUACACGUGAUGGUGACCCGGGACCGGUUGGAGUGUGUGGUGGCCCUGUUAGCGCACGAGGCCGAGAUCGAUGUGGUCGAUAACAGUGGCAACACGCCGCUACACAUUGCCGUCGAGAAGCGGCUGUUGCCGAUUGUCCAGUGUCUGGUGGUGUUCGGGGCGGACAUUAACAACCCAAACAAGGAUGGCAAAACUCCUCGCCACAUGGUCGGGCGGGAUGACAAUGGCACGAAAGACGCGAUGAUACUAUACAUCCUGCACUCGGUCGGUGCGAAACGGUGCCCUCUAAAAAGCACCAAGUGCCCGCCUGGCUGUGCGGCAACUGGUUCCUACAAUGGCAUUCCACCCGCCGAGCCCGAAACAAGCGAGAGUCGGGAACACAUACAGCAGAUGUUGGCAACCACGACAGGCAAAUCGCACCGCAACAGUGUACCGAGCCUGAUCACGAAUAAGAUCCGCGAGACGAUCCACGAGGAGCGCCCGGUUCGGGAGCACCCGAAAACGAUCGACGUUAGCCAGGAACGUAAGGGAGCAAGCUUUAUGGAUGGGCUGCUGUCGAUGUUUAUGAGCAAACUGGAUGCCGCCUCGAAACCGACCUCUCCCACGUCCACCACAUCGUCGCUCAAGGGCGUUAAUCUGAUGGGUGAUUUCGAGUUGGGCGAUGAGCCGAUGCUCACCGACGACCCACACUCGGGUGAGGCAUCAAACACAGCGGCUGGUGGUGGUAACGGCAGCACCACCCAUCAGAGAUCCCGAACUCCUUGCGAUGGGCAAACGUCUGCCCCCGGCGGUCGUGGUCGCUUGCUUUGCCUGGAUGGUGGUGGCAUUCGGGGUCUCGUGCUAGCACAGAUGCUGCUCGAGAUCGAGCAGCUGUCGCAAACACCGAUUAGCCAUCUGUUCGAUUGGAUAGCGGGCACUAGUACGGGCGGCAUUCUGGCACUCGCCGUCGGCUGUGGCAAGACCAUGAAGCAGUGCAUGUGCUUGUAUCUGCGCAUGAAAGAUCAAGCGUUCGUCGGUUCGCGGCCGUAUCCAAGCGAUGCGCUUGAAUCCGUAUUAAAGGAACAGCUGGGCGAAUUCACGGUUAUGUCUGACAUCAAGCAUCCCCGGCUGAUGGUGACGGGUGUGAUGGCCGAUCGGAAACCAGUAAACUUGCACCUGUUCCGUAACUUUGAGUGCGCGAGCGACAUCCUCGGUAUCGUGACGCCUUCCAACAACCGCGGCCAACCUCCACCUCCUCCCUCGGACCAGCUCGUUUGGCGUGCAGCCCGUGCGACCGGUGCCGCACCGUCCUACUUUAGAGCGUUCGGGCGCUUCCUCGAUGGUGGUCUCAUUGCCAACAACCCGACACUUGACGCGAUGACGGAGAUCCACGAGCUCAACGCAGCCCUGCACUAUACGGGCCGUUCCGCCGAAGCCGUUCCGGUUUCGGUUGUGGUUUCACUCGGUACCGGCCUAACGCCGGUGGUUGAUUUAAAGGAAAUCGAUGUGUUCCGUCCGGAUAGCAUCUGGGAUACGACGAAAGCGGUUUACGGCAUAUCGACCAUAAGCACCUUAAUGGUUGAUCAGGCCACCGCUUCCGAUGGGCGCGUCGUGGACCGUGCCCGAGCCUGGUGUAGCAUGAUUGGCGUACCGUACUUCCGCUUUAACCCGCAAAUGUCGGUGGACAUUGCGAUGGACGAAAAGAUCGACGAACCGCUGAUCAACAUGCUCUGGGAGACGAAGGCGUACAUGCACAGCAAUCGCAAGCAGGUGAUCGAGCUGAUCAAUCUGCUGAAAUAGCAGCAGUAGUAGUAGCGACGAUAGCGCGAUACAAAUGGUCCACCCACCAUAGCGGUCGCCAGAACGUCGCCCACGCUCUGGCUAUCUGGUGGUACCUUCCGCACUCACUUAUCAUUGCUGCACCUUGUACCACCUACCACCGCAAAACCACCCGCUCUCCUUUCUUCCAACACCCACAGCACCCACCAAAAGAAACUGAAAACCUAAUGAAGCGUCGCAUAUGUACAUCAGAGAGACAGAGAGAGCAAGUGAGAGUCUUUUAGUAGGCAAUACGCUUCAGCGCCCCAGCGCCACUAGCGAUCGAUUGUCCCGCGAGUAUCGUACUGAUUGAAUUGUUGACAAUAUACCUAGCGACGGGAUGAUCGCAUUCGGCCUCGCGUGAAUUGGGCUCACGAGAGCGUAUGCUAUCCACGCGUGAAUAUUGGCAAAAUCGGGUUUCGUGCUAGUUAAAACAGCACAGGCUGUAAGCAAACGCGAUUACGAUGUGACCUGAACGAUCACAUCAUAUCUUAACCGCAGGCGCAAUCGUUUCAUUGAUGUGUGUAUGCGUGUGUGAGUCAGCACAUAAGAUGUUUAAUUUAUUACUGACGGAUAAAGUAUCGGGCAAGAGUAAAUGAAGCAUCACCUCUUCUGCCUAUCUAGAGUGACGAUGGCAGGGAUUACACGAAACGCGACGAACGAAAUAUGGUAUGUUUCUUCUGCAUUAUAAUCUACGCCCUGGGGCAUCCUUGCCCGUCAUUGUAUCUCCCCGUGCGUGUGUUUAUGUGUGGCUAUUCCACUGGUUUCUGGUAUGUGUCACGAUCAUGUUCGUUUGCUGUCUGCGCAUCAAUGUUACGCGGGUUAACUUACUUAUAUCGAUUAGUCAAGAAGGAAGGGAAGGGCAACCGUUCCAGCAUGGCUUAGAAUAAUUGUGAUUUCUGUUGUUUACGAUCACUUUUAGCAUCGUGAAGCGUCAGCAACACUAUGAAGCGUUUCCCUCUUAAGAUGUGUGUAACGAAGUAAAACUUCACUAACGAGAAUCAGGGAUACUUAUUUAUUGAUUAAUGCGGGCCAUUGGCCCGGAUAUCAAUCGAGCAAAUACCAAAAACCAAACGGACCCCUCUUACUUGUCUGUUUUCAUUUUUUAAGAUUUCCAGAUACACAAUAUCAUUCGUCAGAAGAACGUAAAAAGACGCUCCCACCAAAAAUGCCGGUCGUUGUUAGCUCCCAACGUCGUUAUCGAUGCAUAAUAUAUUAAGGGUGGACGCUGGAUGAAUUAUGAAACUUUACAAUUAGCUGGAAGCCCAUACAUAGACGGGGCGUUGUAGUGUGUAUUCAGUCGUUAUUAUUGCAAAUACAAAGAAAUCAUAUUAUCAUAUUACUUCCAGUAUUGCGAAAUGAACAACCAACAAAACAACAGAAACAUUUUUCUACUAAACACGUGCAAAUGUGAAACCGUUAAUAAAGAUUUGCUCUCCCUAUGAAAUGGGUAGCCGGAGUACGAUUAUGGCUUGCGCGUCGAACUUUAUUUUGAUAUAUCAUUUAGAGCAUACGAACACCAGUGUUCGUUGAGCAUGCUUUCAAGGAUCCCGGACAGAGAU